AUGUCAAUGUCCAGGAGCACCAUCCAGGAGUUGUGUGAAUUUGUGCAGCACAAACCCUCACAAAUCCUGGGCAACAAAUUCUUCGAUUCCCGGAUUGUGGUACAGGUGGACGUGGCUCACAAGGCCGACAAAUAUGAGCCUCGCAUUUUUGUUAUAUCAAAAUUUAGGAUAUUCCUUCUUAUGGGUAAAACGACGUCUUCACUGAAAAUCGAGAAAUCAUUCCACGUUCUAACAAUCAAAGCGAUCCACGUCAUCAGCGACGACGAGGUUGUGAUUCAUUUAGACGAUGGUGUGCACAAGAAGAAGAUCAACAUGAAGUGCUCUGUUCACUCAGCAAGCCAUUUAGCACGACAACUUUUAUCAGCGAUUAAACAUUAUUUCCCUGACUUCGGUGUCCAUUUGAAUCAAUCAAUCGAUGUGAACCCAGCGGCACUCUACACUGAAUUCGCAUCCCUUCCCACUGCAUCACCCCGUCCUUGCCAUUCAUUUCGAAGGACUUAUGCAGCUCUUUGUGAUUUUUAUGAUCAACCGUAUCGAGAAGAAGUGUCUUGGGAUGUGGAGAAAAUAUACACGGCUAACAAGCUAAAGGAUUUGAAAAUCGACGAUUUCUCACAUCUUCUGCCUAAAGAUCUGCUUCCGAUAGUGGGUGUUCUACAGUACUCCUCCUACUUUACCGGUCUGAUUUGUGAUGCCGUUCGGGUUUCGUCAGAAGUGAUCGAUGUGAUUUUAAGUGUGAUUCGGAAAUCGCAUAAUUUGAAAAAGCUUCAGUUGAGGAGUUGUGGAUUGCCAAAAGACUUCGUUACCCUCCUUGCCUCUGCUCUCCAUAACAACCAAAACGCGUGUCUGGAGCAUUUAGACGUGUCGAGAAACCCUCUAGAAGACAAGAAAGGAUUCACAAUUCUCUCAUCAGUGCUUCCCAGGUUGACCCAAUUAAAGUACGUCAACGUUUCCGAGUGCCAACUGACCGAUAAAUCCAUGAAUCUGCUGUGUACGGGACUUUAUAAUGGAAUGACAUCGUGUAAAAGUGGUGGAAUGCAGGUGACUGAACUGAUUCUAUCGUCGAACCCAAUUAAAGAUGAUAUAUCCGCCAUUAUUAAUCUCGUUUCCAUCUGCACUUCUCUCCGAGUUUUGGACCUUUCUGACACGGGAAUUCACUUGGACAAGCUCUGGAACUCUCUGAAAUUCGGCGGUCUUCAAAUCGAAAAACUCCUUCUGAAUGGAUGUUCUCUCGGUGGAAAGAAGUCAGAAGGCGUUCAAACAGCCAAGGAGUACUUCUCAAUGGCAGUAAAUCUAUCGCAUAUCUCACUUAACAACACGUCGAUGCCAUCGGAAUACUUGAAAGCCGUGCUUCUGGGUCUCGCAUCGAAUCAACAACUCCAACCAUUCCGUUUAGAUUUGGAUGCUACGUGUGAGAAGGGAUCGGCAAAUGUUCUAGACGCGUGCAUCGGUGGUGUUCGUUGCGAGACCCUCAGUCUUCGAGACAACAAUUUGGAUGGGGAUCUACAGGGAGUACUGCAAAGUCUGAUGAUGGUUACAUGUCUGAGACGGUUGGAUAUCGGAGGAUCGAAUAUGAAUCAAUUGAAAAAGAAUAACAAACAAGCUCAUGUCAUCAACAAGAUUCUGUUAGAUGUCGUCAAGUUGUAUAGUGAAGAAGGGUGUCUUGAAGAGCUGAACCUUUCGGAAUGUCGCCUCGGCGCCUACCUGAGUGUCCUCCUUAACACUCUUGGUGCCACAACGACACUCAAGAGUUUGGAUAUCAGUGGAAAUGAAAUUGGCAACUUUGGAGCUCGAAUUCUCUCGAAAGCUCUCCAAGUCAACGUAUCCCUCCGAUCAGUCUCCAUCGACAAUAAUCACAUUGGCGCUGAUGGAUUCGUCGAUUUGGCGACUUCUAUGAAAAUGAAUCACACUUUGACCCACUUUCCAUACCCUGUCCAGGAUGCUUUUGACUGUAUGCAACGAGUUGAACGAACGAGAUCCGUGGCUGCACUCACACAGAUUCAGAAUUGUCUAUAUAGGAAUAGAACGGCGAUUGGAUCAGAUGAAGCCAACUGCAAACGAAUGUUCGCUGGUGGCGUCCUUCAACAGAUGGAGAAGGCUUCAGAUGACGUGGUUGGAGGAAUCAUCGACUCCAUUACCACCUAUGGACAAGAACCAUUCCCACCGAAGAUGUCGGAAAUGGUCGAGGAGUUUGUAAGCAAGUUUCAAGUAGAAGGAGGUCGUCUGAUCGCUGAGAACAUCUCCAGAACUAUCGGAGGAGAUUUGAAUGCCACGUCACGACGGGCUGAACAGAUUGCAGUUUCCAGACUCACAGAAGUCUGUACCGAACAGGUGAAGCAUGUAUUCAACGAGUGGAGGUGGAGAGAGAUGUGUGAACACGUGGAAUCGGAGUUGUCGCGGACAUCGAUUGGAGGAUCAGGAGAUGCUUGUAGUCUGGGAAGAACGUCUUCUGUUGGCACUGGCUCCCCGGCAAUGUCAUCUCCAUUCACACCGAAACGUGCAGGUCAUCGACCGAGAAGUAUUAUUGGCGACUUGACAUCAUCUACGACGUCUUCUGAAACUAUUGGUGGAGGAAGUGAGCAAGGAAUCAACUUAGACCUUCCACCAAAACCAUCCGGGUUGUCACAUAUGCAAAAAGCGCGACCCAGAAAACGAGGAGGAGCUUCUUCGCUUCUCAACAAUUCAGAUGACGUUAUGUUGACGAGUAAAUCAAGCGGAGGACCUGAAAAUGGAGAUAUGGAGGACCUGAUCGAAGAAGUUGAGGAGGUCGAACAGGAGCCAAAAAGGACACCUAUCACUCGGAUCGCGAUGAUUCCGGAUACUUCUCUUCUUUCUCAAGUUCAUCUACGUCCGUCGGCAGAUCGAACGAUGUCAGCUGCCUCGUCAGAAUUCUCUCUAUCGCCACGUGAAACCACGUCAUCUCCAACUACCGCCCAUAAAAUUAUGACGACGUCAAGUGCUUCGGAUUCUCCACCACCUCUUCCGCAAAGAAAUCGAAUCGGCCCCGGCGGCGCUCCACCACCACUGCUCCCACCGAAGCCGGAACCUCGUACACGUCUUGUCGGAAUCGGGUCUCCAACGACUCCUCCAGCUACGACAGCCGAAGAUGAUGAGAAUGCGAAUAGUCGGCGAUCGGUAGCUGAUAUGGCGAAAAUCUUCCAAAAAUAA